UCUAAGACAGUUCACACGUUCCUCCACAAUAGUUCCUGAAUGUGACAGUUGCAUUAGAGAAGUGAUCUCUGUGUCUGUAGCAGCAGCGACAGGAGUGCCACCACCCUUACACCAAAGCCACUGGUCGGCCUAACUCUGAUCCAUGACCCCGGGACGAGGACCUCUGUGUCCUGACAUGCCUCUGGAAGGUGUCCCACCUCUGGAAGAGUACAGCCAGCCAUGGGGCAUCAAGCCGGGAUAUUGAGGAGCUUCCUGGCCCAACUGGAGAGACAGGAGGCUUUGGACAGGGAGGCACCAAAUGGCAUAGUCGGGGAAUUUACGAGGUUGAAAAGCCAGUCGACGAAGUAUCGCACAGACAGGACCUACCCCACAAAGACUGCCGAAAAGCAAGAAAACAUCAAGAAGAACCGAUACAAGGACAUCGUUCCCUUUGACCACACCAGAGUGAAGCUCACUCUCUCAACAUCUAAAAAUGACACCGACUACAUCAACGCCAGUUUCAUCAAGGGAGUGUCUGGCUCUAGGGCCUACAUCGCGACUCAGGGCCCCCUGCCUCACUCAGUCCUGGACUUCUUGAGGAUGCUUUGGGAGUACAAGACAAAGGUUGUAGUGAUGGCCUGCCGAGAAUUUGAGAUGGGAAAGAAAAAGUGUGAGCGGUACUGGCCAGAGAAACAAGAGCAGCCGUUCGUGUGUGAACCCUUUACAGUUUACUGUGAUUCUGAGGAACCUAAAGGAGAUUAUCUGACAAGGACAUUACGGCUGACUCAUUGCAAUUCUAGCCGAACUUUGAAACAGCUGCACUACGUCAACUGGCCCGAUCAUGGCGUACCGGACUCCAUUCCUCCCAUCCUGGACAUGUUGUAUGAGAUGCGUACAGAGCAACCACAUGAUGAUGUCCCCAUCUGCAUCCACUGCAGUGCCGGCUGUGGCAGAACAGGAGCCCUGUGUGUCAUAGAUUAUACUUGGAACCUGCUGAAGAAAGAGAUGAUCACUCCAGACUUCAGUAUCUAUGACUUGGUUCAAAACAUGAGAACCCAGAGACACUCGCUGGUUCAAACCAAGGAACAAUAUGAGCUGGUCUACAGAACCAUCCGGUUACUGUUUGAGAGAUAUCUGGAGUCCAUGGAUGCACAGACCCAAAGAAAUGAGGUGACUAUGGUCCCAUCCACUAUCACACCUGACACUGAAAGCGAGCCCUCUGACCUGAGUGAGGAUUUGGAUUUGCGACCACAAUUCCAGCUUGAUGAAGAAAGGGAUAUUCUACCAAAGCACAACACUCUUUUACCCUCCAAUCCAGAAAAUCUCAAUGCAUUAAGAACCCAGGAUACACGGGGGGACCAGCAGCAAUUAGAUCUACUUCAACACCUUCCAGAAAUUCUCGCCACAACCAAGGAUCUGCAGGAGAGACCAAGUACCUCACUUGAAGACAGUGAUGACAUACCGUUACUAAACAUUCAAACUUCACCUGCUGUGGCAGAAGCCAUGUGUCUGAUGGUUGAGGACCCCUACUUUGAUACUGCUCUGAGCUCCCUCUCAUCAGAAGAGCCACCAUUGGUCUCUAAAGACCAUACCAAAGAUUGGACAGAAACCUCUGUCCUCAGCACACCUUCAUUGCGUCUUAAUGACCAGACUAUGGAGCUCAUCUCUCAUGCUUCAGGUACUGUUGAAGUUCAUACAAAUGAGGAAGCACCGCCUCCCCUACCUCAACGAACCCCUGAUUCCUACGUACUGGCCAUUGACACAGAGCACCCAGAUCCCUGCGAGAGGUUAAUGGUAAUCAUUCCACCCAAUGCUGCUGCUGAGGCUGUCAGGGAGUUAGGAGGUAGCCCCCCCUCACCUGUCCCCUCACUCCCAGAGAGAACCCCAGAAUCGUUUGAGCUUGCUAUCGACCAAGCUCCUGUGGAGCAGAGGUUAGAGAUAAAGCCGAACCUGAACAGGAUAGGGAUGUCUUCAGAAUGGUCUGGAAACUCAAAACAAGCUACCACUGCACAUCAGAGUGAAACCAAAUCUUGGAUGAGGAGUAAGAGUCUCCGAGCAAAAAUGACCUUCCCAGUAGUUCCAGUAACACAUCCUGAUCUUGCAUCAAAACCAAUGAACCUCCAGGCGUACUGCCCACCUCCGGACCCCAUACCUCCCUCACUGCCUCAUCAAACUGAGGAGUGCCUGACUCCUCCCCUUCCUGACCGUACCCCGGAGUCCUUCAUCCUUAACGCAGGAGACGCAGUUCAGGAGAUACCCGCUCUCAGCCCGCAGCACUUGGAAACAACUCCUCCCUCAGCAAGGGUCAGCUCAUCAUCUGAUCGAAGCAGCCCCUCUCAGCCCAGGAGGUUCCUUGAUGCUGUCAUGAGUAGGAGCAAGAGUGUUCGAGCUAAAGGUUCAAAACAAGAGCCCCUCACUGCAGUUCAGCAGCUCACUCCACCCACUGUGGUCAGAGCGGAGACAGGAAGUGCACAAGUGGAGCAUGAAGUGCACCGCAAAGGUUCGUUGAACAGUGAAGCAUCAGGAAGCAAAGCAGACAAAAGCAAUGAGAAGGGCAUGACUCGGUCGAGGAGUUUGAAGUUUUUCAGAAACAAACAAAAACCUAAAACUACACCUCCCCCACCGCCCACUCAAACUGGAACUCCAACUCCAUCAUAUAGUGCCUCAUCCUCACUGUUCAGAUUUGGGUUUGGGACCCGUUUUGGAAAGCCAAAGGGACCCAGGAGUUAUCCAGAGACGUGGGUGUGAGGCGAUCAGGCGUUGCUAAACAUGAAACAUGAAGACGGAGCUGAUGGUAAUCAUGAUAAUACAUCAGCUAUUUAGAAGACUUGGGACAGUUGGACGUUUUUCACAAGUACCUCAUGGAGAUACUGUGUGAAGACCACAUGAGGCCGCUUCUCGGUGUAUUGCACAGCACAAUAGCACCUUCAGCAGAGAAGAGAGAGUGCCUUGAGACCAGCUCUGAUACUUUUUUUUUUGUACUGAAUAUCAGCAGAGGUUGAUUUUAAUUAUUGAUUGAUUGCUUGAUCCGUGCCUUGUUGAAGAACAAACAAGACAGUUUCUUGGUCUGAUGAGUUGGACGUUCGACCAAAGAAUUCCGAAAUUAUAUGCUUUGAAGUGUGAGAAAAUAUUUUUGUGUAUGUGUGUUUGGAUUUAAGAAAAAAGGGUACAUCUUGUUCAGCAGGACUUCUUUUUUUUUUGUUAGAGAGACAAAAGAAUGUUUUUCCAUGUACUGUGAGCAGUUUUCUAUGCUUAUAUCUCAAAUCCAUAAGCUUUUAUCAGCGUCAUAUAUCAAAAGAGUCAUCUAAAAUGAAAUCUAAAGGUACCAAGAAUGUGAUGCAUAUUGAAAAUGCAUAUGAUGAAAAGUUAAACCAUGCUACAUAUCCUUGUUAUGGACAAGAUUAUUUAUAAAAGAAAAGUAUUGAAAUUCUAUUAUCUCAUAUCUCAAUGUUUUUCUGCUUCACAAAACUUUAAGAAUAUUGACUGUGUUAUCAUCUAAAUAUCCAUUUAAAGGAAGACUGUGUGACAUUUUACACAUAUAUACAGUGGAAA